AAAGUAGACAUGUAUCUAAUUUGCAAGAGGCAAAAUCCACAGUUGUCCAUUCUACCGAAAAGUCCUUGCUGACCAAACUACUACCAAUUUCAUUACGCCACGCUAGAUCAGAAAAUAAUUAUAAGAUUACUGAUAGAAGGGUAAUUUUAGAAUAAUCCACUUGAAACAAGUCAAUUGUCACUCAAAUUACAAUAAUGCACACCAGUAAACAGUUUUGAUUGGUGAGAGGUUAGCUGGUGCAGAAAGAGAGCAGCAACAUCAGAUUCCGGCACCUCAGGAAUUAAAGCUGACCACGGCGACUUACAGAGAGCCAUAACCGCGUUAUAGAUUGGACACCAUCAAUGUCCCCGCCAAUCUUUUCUGCCUUCAUGUAUUCAUUCAUUCGUUCGUUCACCUUCACAAGAAGAAAAGGAAGGAAAGAAAGUGAAGCAUACUUUAUCAAGAGAGAAAGCAAAAACAUUUAGAGCAAAAUGGCGACUUUGGGUGGCAUCAAGGAAGUGCAAGGGAACGAGAACAGCGUCGAGAUCGAAAGCCUCUCUCGUUACGCCGUUGACGAGUACAACAAGAAAGAGGGGAAUUUUGAGGUUUUGGUGUAACUUUUUAUGAAAAAUUGUAUGUGGAAAUUGAUUGUGGUCGAUAAUAGAAUUCUGGGUAUUGUUCAGAAUGCUCUUUUGGAGUUUGUGAAAGUGGUGAACACAAAAGAGCAGGUCGUUUCUGGUACUUUGUACUACAUAACCCUUGAAGCAAUCGACGGAGGUAAGAAGAGAAUUUACGAAAGCAAGGUCUGGGUGAAGCCAUGGCAGAACUUCAAGGAGGUGCAGGAAUUCAAACUUAUUGGUGAUGUUCCUAGUGAAUCCACCUCUACCACUAGUGCUUAGCUUGGCUUGGGCUAUUAAAAUGAUGGUCCAUCUUGAGGCAUUAGAUCUUUGGGAGGCUGUAGAGGAGGACUAUGACGUUCUACCAUUGCCAGAAAAUCCAACGAUAGUACAACUAAAGACUCACAAAGAGAGGAAGACAAAGAAGUCCAAAGCUAAAGCAUGUCUAUUCUCUGCUGUUUCAAGCACCAUAUUUACAAGAAUCAUGAAUCUACAGACAGCAAAGGCUAUUUGGGAUUAUCUCAGAAGUGAAUACCAAGGCAAUGAAAGAACCAAAAACAUGAAAGUGCUUAACUUGAUCAGGGAGUUUGAAAUGCUGAAAAUGAAGGAGACAGAAACCAUCAAAGACUACUCUAACAAGUUGCUGGGCAUAGUAAACAAGGUGAGGUUGCUGGAUAAGGAUUUUUCUGAUGAACGAAUUGUACAAAAAAUUCUUGUGACUUUGCCUGAAAAGUACGAAUCUAAAAUUUCUUCAUUAGAAGAAUCUAAGGAUUUGUCAAGUAUAUCCUUGGCAGAAUUAGUAAAUGCAUUGCAGGCCCAAGAGCAAAGGCGAAUGAUGAGAAAAGAAGAAUCUGUAGAGGGUGCUUUUCAAGCAAAGGCACAAAAUUCAGGAGGAGGCAAAGACAAGAAGGACAGCAAGAAGAAGUACAGCAAGAAAACUGAAUACAAUGACAAAAAGGAUGUGGUAACAUAUCCAGCUUGCCCAUACUGUAAAAAAACUAACCACCCACAAAGGAAGUGUUGGUGGAGACCAGAUGUCAAGUGCAAGAAAUGUGGUCAAAUUGGGCACAUGGAGAGAAUCUGUAAGUCACAACAACAUGAAGGAAAAGCAAAUACUGCUGUUGAGCAACAUCAAGAGGAGCAGCUAUUUGUUGCAACUUGUUUUGCAGCAAGCAACAGUUCUAGUGAUUCUUGGCUGAUUGAUAGUGGUUGCACACAUCACAUGACUAAUGAUCUAGAGCUUUUCAAAGAACUCAACAAAACUGAAAUUUUCAAAGUAAAAAUUGGAAAUGGGGAAUACAUCUCAGUCAAAGGCAAAGGAACUGUAGCUUUAGAAAUCUUAUCAGGUUUGAAGUAUAUUACUGACGUUUUAUAUGUGCCUGAUAUUGACCAAAACCUACUUAGUGUUGGACAGCUUAUUGAGAAGGGCUUCAAAGUUAUAUUUGAAGACAAAUGGUGCAGGAUUAAAGAUGCAGAAGGAAGAGAAGCUUUUAAGGUGAAAAUGAGAGUAAAAAGCUUUGCUCUAAAUCUGAUGGAGGGGGAGCAGAUAGCAUUUCCAAGCAGUGCAAGCAAUGCGGAAUUGUGGCACAAAAGGCUUGGGCAUUUUCAUCAUGCUGGACUUCUAUACAUGCAGAAUCACAAAAUGGUAAAAGGAGUACCAUUACUGGAAGACAAACUUUCUGAUUGUGUGGCUUGCCAAUAUGGAAAGCAAGUCAGAAGAUCCUUUCCUCAAACUGCAUGGAGAGCAACACGCAAACUUCAACUGGUACAUACAGAUGUUGGAGGACCUCUAAAAACAUCUUCCUUAAAUGGCAGUAAAUAUUAUAUUGUAUUUAUUGAUGAUUGCACCAGAUUUUGUUGGAUUUAUUUUCUUAAAUUUAAAUCUGAAGUUGCUAAUGUUUUUUGGAAAUAUAAAACUUGGGUGGAGAAUCAAAGUGGUUACAGGUUGCAAACAAUUAGAUCAGACAAUGGAAAGGAAUACACUUGUGAUAGUUUCAAAAAUUUCUGUGAUGAAGCUGGCAUUGAGCACCAGUUUACAGCACCGUAUACUCCGCAGCAGAACGGUGUAAGUGAAAGAAAAAAUAGAAGUAUUAUGGAAAUGACAAGGCGUUUGCUGCAUGAAAAGGAAUUGCCAAAGAACAUGUGGGCGGAGGCUGCAAAUACUGCAGUUUAUCUGUUGAAUCGAUUGCCAACCAGAGUUCUACAGAAAAGAACUCCAUUUGAAGCUUGGUUUGGUUACAAACCAGACCUGCAAUAUUUAAGAACUUUUGGUUGUCUUUGUUUUGCUCAUGUGCCACAAGUGAAAAGAGAGAAACUCGAUAAAAAGGCGGAACCGGGAGUUUUUAUUGGAUAUAGUAAAGCAUCCAAGGCUUACAGAAUUUUCCAACCACAAAGUGGAAAAAUUCUUGUAAGUAGAGAUGUCACAUUCAUGGAAGAUAGACAAUGGAACUGGGAGGAGUCAGUAAAGGAGCAGCGGUCUGAAAUUCAACAAAAUAUGGAUGAUAACAUAGAUGAUGAACCAAUUAGAGGUACAAGGUUAUUAUCUGAUAUUUAUGAAAGAUUUAAUAUUGCUGUGUUUGAGCCUACAGAGUUUAAAGAAGCUGAAAAGGAUGUUAAGUGGAUCGAAGCAAUGGAAGAAGAGCUUAAGAUGAUUGAGAAGAAUGACACAUGGGAGUUGGUGGAUAGACUUCAACAUAGAAAGGUCAUUGGAGUCAAGUGGGUUUACAGAACCAAAUUUAAUGCAGAUGGUUCUGUAAAUAAACACAAAGCCAGAUUAGUUGUGAAAGGGUAUAGUCAAGUGUUUGGAGUAGAUUUUUCAGAAACCUUUGCUCCAGUAGCACGCUUGGAUACAAUCAGAAUGUUACUUGCUUUGGCUGCACAAAAGGGAUGGAAGAUUUACCAGUUGGAUGUUAAAUCUGCUUUUUUAAAUGGUUAUCUUCAAGAUGAAAUUUAUGUAGAGCAGCCUGAAGGAUUUCAAGUCAAGGGACAGGAGGAGAAGGUCUACUUAUUGAAGAAGGCAUUAUACAGUCUUAAACAGGCUCCUAGGGCCUGGUACAGCAGGAUCAAUGAAUAUCUUCAAAGCCUUGGUUUUGUUAGAAGUCCAAGUGAAGCUACGUUAUACAUAAAAAAACAGAUGCUAACUUAAUUAUAGUUUCUGUUUAUGUUGAUGAUCUUCUUGUAACAUGAAGCAAUGAGAUACUGGUGAAAGAAUUUAAAGCCAAAAUGCUUGAAGCAUUUGAGAUGACAGACCUUGGCUUAAUGUCCUAUUUUCGAGGAAUGGAGGUGAAGCAAGACCAUCAUGGAGUCUUCAUAAGCCAAAAGAAGUAUGCAAAGGAAAUACUUAAGAAAUUCCAUAUGGAAGAUUGCAAAAGCACUAGCACACCCAUGAAUCAAAAGGAGAAAUUUAGCAAAGAGGAUGGAGCUGAAAAAGUUGAUGAACGCUUAUACAUGAGUCUGAUUGGUUGCUUGAUGUAUCUUACAGCUACCAGACCAGACAUAAUGUUUGCAGUAAGUUUGCUCUCAAGAUUUAUGCAUUGUGCUAGUGAAAUGCAUUUUCAGGCUGCCAAACGAAUUGUAAGAUAUAUCAAGGGCACAACAAAUUAUGGAAUUAAAUAUUCUAGCUGUCACUCUUUUAAGCUUCAUGGUUAUUCUGAUAGUGACUGGGCAGGUUCUAUAGAUGACAUGAGAAGCACAACAGGUUUUUGUUUCAGUUUUGGAUCAGGAAUUUUUUCAUGGAGCUCAAAAAAGCAAGAUGUGAUAGCUCAAAGUACAGCGGAGGCAGAGUAUGUUGCAGCAAAUGCUACAGUGAAUCAAGCAAUUUGGAUCAGGAAAAUACUAGCAGAUUUACACAUGAACCAAACUGAGCCAACAGAAAUUUAUGUAGAUAACCAAGCUGCCAUUGCAAUUUCAAAUGAUCCUAUUUUUCAUGGAAGGACAAAGCAUUUCAAGAUCAAGCUAUAUCAUUUGAGAGAAGAACAGAAGGCUGGUGAAGUUAAACUGGUUUAUUGUAAGACUGAGAACCAAAUUGCAGAUGUGCUUACCAAGGCUCUUCCAAAAGCAAGAUUCGAAGUUCUGAGAAACAAACUAAGUCUAUGCAGCUAUUAGGCAAGGAGGAGAAAUUGUUGUAACAGUGCCUAGGUAGCUGCAUAUGGAGUUGUUGUCAGCUGACCAAGUCAUUAGAAUAUUUGUUAUGCAGUUAGCUGACCAAGUCUUUAGGAUAUUUGUUAUUAUUUAUGCUGUUAUGCUGUUUUACUUGUUAAUAGCUAGAAAUUAGGAAGCUGUUAGUCAUGCCUUGUGUUUAGGAAAUAUUUUUGUUUUUCUGUUAAAGGUUAGCUCUAUAUAAAGAGUAGUGCAGUGAAUAAAAAAUAUAUAUAUUCUGGUCUUCAA